ACUAAUGAAAUGUAUGAUCAUAUCAAUAUCUUUUCUGUAAACCCAUUAUACCGGGACAUGUUAUUCGCCCCUUCAAUGCAUCAAUAUUCGGUUUCGAGACAGUAAUCAUGAACUGCAUAUUAACACUAAAAAUGUUCAUUACACAUCCCUUUCAUUGCUUCAGUAAUAUUUAAAUAAUUCAUUACAGUCAAACUUAAGUAUAUUUCACUUCCAAUUAUUCUGAAACUUGUAAAAACAAUAACACACCACAUAAAGUACGUCGUAUUCUUAUUAAGAUAUGCUGUUGUCCAGAAUACUUGUAAUGUAAUACACUAACAUUAAUAAAAUCAUCUUAUGCUUUACCUAAAACUUUUGCUCACCAGAAGCACAGUAAAGCAUUUGCUCACCAGAAGGUCCACGGCUUUACAGUUAUGACAACUUGCUAUUUCCAACUGAAUCGUCACAUCUAAAAUCAAAAGUUAAUGGUAUUAAGAAAAAUUGUACGCCUUUUGUAUUAAACGAUGGUCAUUGAUAUCCUGGUGUGUAAAGCAUUGCUAAACAAUUGCCGUGUUAGAAACUGCAAAUCCUUUCACAAAACAUUGCAUAAUGUUUUUUACAAAUAAUCAUGAACUGCAUAUUAACACUAAAUAUUUUCAUUGCACAUUCCUAUUAUUACCUCAGUUAUAUUUAACUUAUUCAAUAUUUCUUUCAAACCUUUAGACACAUUACUAUUUAUUACAGCAUACACAUGUUGUUCACAAAUAAACGUGGAAAUUACAUAUACAAGCAACAUAAUCACCCAGUUACCCGAUUAAACGUUCGCUUAUUUCUUCGUUUAAAGUAUUGUAAGCAAUUUUAACCGGUAUAACAAUCGGUGGUCGUUUUAUUCGUUUUUUGUGGAACUCCACCCACGAAAUAAAUGGUUGUAUAUUUCUUGAAACGACACGUUUUCCCCUAUUUUCAUGCAUUACAUUUUCAAACAAUAUGAUUUACUUCAGCAAUUGCACUAUUUCACUGCAGGAUAUUUUUUUGCUUAUCAUAACAAUGAAUUUCGCCACUUCUGCCGUAUCAGAUAAAGAAACGGUUCGCUCUAAUUCCCUGCAGGAUACUGGAUUACUGCAGGAACUGACACCUCUUUAUCCCUAUCUGUCUGUAUCUGUCACCACAGGCAGUCAUGUUUAAAAAAAGGUUAUGGGUAUAAGUAACGACUGUCAAAUCAAACACAAACAUUGUACAAUUGUUAAUAUCGAGUUAAACCAUAGUUCAGAUGUUAGCAAAAGUACAACGUACAGAUCAGUUCAUAAGUAUGCAGUACAAUAAAAUGUAGUUCUAUGUGAAUGUUAAUAAUGGAAGCAUCAUGACAGACUGUGAAUUGUACUGGGGUAACUACAAACAAAACUGUAUAUUAAUGGAUGAACACUUGCAAGAAAAAAAAAGUCAAGCUGAACAUAUUGUGAGUACAAGAAUGGAACAAAGAAUUGCGAAAGGUGCAGCAUUUUCUGCUCAGAGAUGUAUUACUGAUGAUAACCACCAAUCGACAGGUCAACGCAUAGGUGACCAAUUGAAACAAUGGAUUGUCUACAAUUCCUGGUCUUACUGUCAAUUAUGCAUGUCAGUGGCUCCAGUGAGCAUUCGUCCAACUUUCAGGACAUUAACACCUCCGUUAACCAAGCAAUGCAUAUGUACGAAACAAAGGUACCACAUUCCAGCACUACAACAUUGGCCAAAAUUUCUGCAAAACUUAACUGAAGAAGAUCAACAAGUCCUUUCCAUAUAUACCUUGCAUAUUGGCAGCACUUCCAGAAAGCAACAUGGUUAUCGUUUUAAAGAUGGCGGUGUUGCAGCAACUCUGUCGAAAAAAUUUGUACAUCAAAAAAUAGAUAUCAUUGAGGACGGUUCAAGGAAACAUAAACUGCGUAAUGCUUACCACUGGUUAUGCCAAGCAACAAACAGCAAGUACAACGACUUUAUACAGAAACACCGACAAGGAGAUUUACCACAACGGGUUCCUUUCUACCAAAUGUUUAAAAUUCCAUGUAUGGAGACUGCAAUUUGGCCGGUGAUGUAUCCUUUUAAUUACUUGUGCGAAUCUGAAGCUUGUGGUGGUCAGACACAUUUAAGCACAAAGAAAGGUUUCAGUCUAAAAGUUUUGAGUAACAUUACAGAUUACAGUACAUCUUUUGCAAUGUUACGUUUUCAGUACGACCGUUGGUUGUACAAAACUAUUUCUGGAGCUAUAGAAUCGGGUAAAAAAAUGCAAUGCAGUCCUGCCCAAUCUUUAGAAGGAAAAUCGUUUUCCCCUACGUUCUGGAAGUGGCAACAUUAUUAUUUAAUCGAUGCUGUAAAUCAAUUCGGACCCCCCGACAUUUUUAUAACCAUAAGUCCAUAUGAAUGGACGUUUCCUCAACCUUUUUGGCUCAAACAAAGAAUGGCAGAAACCGGUUGCCGUGCAACUACAAUUGCUUCAGCUGAAACACUUUGCAUUGCUCAUACGUUGCAGGAGGUACUACGAGGUUACAUUUCUGGAAAAAGCAAGAGCAAGUGGACCAAGCACUUGCUUUCAAACCACUGUAACUCACGACUUAAAAAUCUUAAAACUUAUUUCUACAGAUUCGAAUUUCAGCAACGUGGAACAUUGCAUGUGCAUUACAUUGCUUGGUUAGACAAAACAAGUGCAAUAGAUACUGAUCGUUUAUUUGGUCACAUACCUACGAGCAGUAAAGUUUGUGCUGAAACUGUGUAUCUUACUCAAACUUCAAAAACUGGUCCAAAAGGCGUACAAGUUAAUGAAGGUCCCACAUAUAUAGAUCCAGUAAAUCAUAAAAUAAUUCUGCACCGUCCGGCCACAGACCAUGCAUUAAAUUUAAGGCAAUAUUUUGACACCCUUGCUUAUUCUUUACAAUGUUCAAUGGAUGUGCAAUUAACGGAUCAACAUGGUAUGUUAAUGCGAUACGUGAGCAGUUACGUCAGCAAAAUGAAAGAUAAUACAAUGGCCAUCCGCGAUCUUUACAGUGAUGUUAGUGGUUGCGAUGUUGCCUACAGAUACUUGUGUGAAUUGGCACCAUGUGAACCGGAAAUGAUAAUGGCUUUGUCCAAUGUGCGAAUGGCACAUACCUCAUCCAAAACCAAACGGUUUGUUGUUCCUUACUUUGACAAAGUAUAUACAAACAAAACUGUUACCAAGUAUUUAGAACGUCCACAUUCUGAUGCAACAAUGUCCCUAUUCAAAUAUAUGCACACCUACAGUUGGGUCGGUGAUCAACAAGUGAAACGUUACAACGAAAAUAUUGUUGUAUUAGUUGGUUUUAAAAGUGCUGCAAUAACAAGUGAUCAGUUCUUUUUUCAGGAUGCUCUACUUCACAGACCGUUCACUAACGUAAAACAGCUGCUACAUGUGCAAUUCGAAAAUGUUCCAGAUGAUUUAAAAAUGUUUUCUUUUGCAGUGCAUAAUAGAUGGAACUUUUGGAAAUGCAACAAAAAAAUUCGUGAAUUUUCAAGGGGUCGCGGGGAUCUUUCGUUUUAUACAGAAUCAUUUCUAUCAUACGUUGACAGUUUACGUCACACAUGGAAAUGCUGGUUACAAAAUUCCAUUUCGCCUGUUCACUUAAAUGUGCCAAAACCAAUUACAAAUAGUUCAAUUAUUUUUAAUGUACAACAACAAAACUUCUUUACCACAGUACUAAACACAGUUGACAAACGUUCAAAAAAUGUUUCAUUUACUGCCCUCAAAUUCUUUUUAUUAACAGGGGAGCAUGGAACGGGUAAGAGUGAAGUGCUUCGCAGAAUAAUUGAAGUUUGCUGCACAAACAAACAUCGUGUUCUUCUUGCCACGCCCACAGGUUUCCUAUGCAGCACGUACAAAGCCUUCCUUCCAGAUUCCGUUACAUGUGACACUGUUCAUUCCGCAUUUAAAAUAGGCAUAGCCCGUGAACAAGAAAGCUUUACUAAUUGGAGUUUACGAAUGUUUGACAUAAUACUUUUAGAUGAAAUCAGUAUGGUAGCAAAAAAACACUCACACCAUAUUAUUUCCAGUAUCCGAUCUAUGCCGAGACCACCAAUUACAGUUCUUUGCGGUGACCCAUUGCAAUUGCAACCAUUCGGACCAAAUAAACAAGACUGUAAAAGCUUAUUUGACGACAAACUACUCAUGUCUCUUUGCCGUAAAUUCACACUCUUCACUCAAUUUCGGUCCAAAGAGCAAUGUCUGCACAAUUUCCUAGCACUAAUCCGUUACUGGAAACCAACUAAACAUCAAUUGAACUCUUUCAUUGCAGGUCUUACAGAGUCAGAUUCAAACCAACCAACAGAGGACGAUGUUAUAUCUGUGUACAAACGCAAUCCCAACACAAAAUUUUUAACAUUCACCAACAAGGGAAGUGCUUUCAUCAAUGACACCAUAUGUUGCCAUCUCUUUUGUACAACACCACCUUUGGGUUUUUUUAUUAUGGAAAACAACAAAUCAGAGCCAAGACCUCUUUAUGAAGGAAUGUUCAUGAGAAUUACAGAGAACAGGGAUAAAUCGCGACGAUAUGUAAAUGGUCAAUGUGGCAUUGUUCGCAAAGUUUUCCAAAAAAUUGUCUACCUGGAGAUAGAAAACUCUUGCUUCGUCCGAAUCUAUCCCAUUUCCAAUGAAAAAGGCGGGCGAAUGUAUUACCCAUUUACACCAGCAUAUGCUUCCACCAUCCACAAGUCGCAAGGACAAACACUGCAGAAGGUCUGUGUCUGGUUCGAUGCACCAUCCCUGCCAGAAGGUUGUGCAUAUGUUGCACUGUCCAGAGUUAAACAAAGAAACAGUUUGGUUUUCCUCGUGCCGCCAACUCCUGCUCAUUUCAAGCCAAAGAAUUAUAUUUUCCAUUAAAACGUAGAGCUUUAACACAACCAACCAAUGUAAUAUUUUUUACCUAGUCAGUCGCGAAUAUGUUAAUAAUUUUUUUUAGUUCUUCCACACCUUUCAAGACAAGCAUAUACCAAGAUCAUAAGAUUGCAGUUGAUAAAUAAAAGUAUAUUGGC